AUGUUAAGAAGAACCAUCAAGAAUGGUUUAAAACCGUCAAUUAUAAGAUUUUGUGCUAGUACUGCAGGCUCUGCCUCAAAACCAAUGAAAAAAAUAGUUGAUGCUAAUGAAACUACAGCAACUGGUCAAUAUAUAAAUCAAGUUUCAAAACCAUAUACCGUUACAACUUAUGCUAGACCAAAUUUAGUAUUAACUCAUGGUAAAGGGUCAUAUAUUUAUGAUUUAGAAAAUCGAAAAUAUAUUGAUUUUACUGCUGGUAUUGCUGUUACUUGUCUUGGUCAUAGUAAUGAAGAUAUUUCAUCAAUAAUCUCAGACCAAUCCAAGAAAUUAAUUCAUUGUUCUAAUUUAUAUUAUAAUUUACCUGCUGGUGAAUUAGUAAGUAAAAUUAUAAAUAAAACUAAGGAGUCAGGAGGUUUACAUAAUGCUAGUAGAGUAUUUUUAUGUAAUUCAGGAACUGAAGCAAAUGAAGCAGCAAUGAAAUUUGCUAGAAAAUAUGCAAAACAACAAAAUCCAAAUAAAAUUGAGUUUAUAACAUUUGAAAAUUCAUUUCAUGGUAGAUCAUUAGGUGCUUUAAGUUUAACACCAAAUGAAAAAUAUCAAAAACCAUUUUCACCAUUAAUACCAGGAGUUCACAUUGCUAAACCUAAUGAUAUUGAAAGUGUCAAAUCAUUAAUAUCAAAAGAUAAAACUUGUGGUGUUAUAAUUGAACCAAUACAAGGUGAAGGAGGAGUAAAUACCAUUGAUUCCAAUUUUUUAAUUGAAUUGCGUAAAUUAUGUGAUGAAAAUAACGUUAUUUUAAUUUAUGAUGAGAUACAAUGUGGAUUAGGUAGAACUGGGAAAUUAUGGGCUCAUUCCUAUUUACCAAAAGAAGGUCAUCCAGAUAUAGUCACCAUGGCAAAAGCAUUAGGUAAUGGAUUUCCAAUUGGUGCAACUAUGAUUACUGAUAAAAUUGAAAGUCAAUUACAAGUAGGUGAUCAUGGAACAACAUAUGGGGGUAAUCCAUUAGGAUCAAGAAUUGGAUCAUAUGUUAUAGAUACUAUAUCAGACACUGAAUUUUUAAAUGAAGUAAAUGAAAAAUCAACAAAAUUUAUAAAUAAAUUAACUGAAAUUGCAAAUGAAAAUAAUGACAAAAUAUUGAAAAUAAAAGGUAAAGGGUUAUUAUUAGGUAUACAAUUUAAAUCAGAAGUUGAUAUUAAUAAAAUUGUUGAAAAUUGUAGACAAUAUGGUUUAUUAAUUAUAACUGCAGGUAUGAAUACAAUUAGAUUGGUUCCUGCUUUAAAUAUAGGAAAUGAUGCUAUAAAUGAAGGUUUAGAGAUAUUGGAACAAUCUAUUAAAGAAUAUAAGUAA